AUGCACGAUGAUCCGCUCGCGCGGGGAUCAUCCGCCUGCGCGCAGAAUCUACCGCGCCCCGGCCCAGUGGCAGCAGGAGGGGGUGUCGGAGUGGCGGGGGGGGGAGGGCCCGGGGGAGCUGCAGCCGGAGGGGGAGGCGGAGCAGCGACAGGGGGGUUGGGGGGACCCUUUCCACGAGUGGCGCAGCAGGGGCAGGGGGGAGAGCCUGGACAGCUGGGGGACCUCUAUGCCCAUCUGGACGCUGAGCUGGAAGGUCAGCAGAAUGAUGAUAUCGAAGGGCAUGUGCACGUCUUUGCCUUCAGUGUUGACAACACCACGUUCAACCUCCUGUACGUCAUCAGUGUGAUGCAAGUCCCGGAGCAAGCACCUCCCACCAACGCCACAAUCACCAGCAAGCAGAACGACACCGUGCUCUUCAUUCCAGCCACGUGGCGCGAAACCACUGGUCAGCCGGGAUUCAAGAUGGAGGAUGGUGGCAUGAUGAAUUGCACUGAUGGGAUGAUGAAUUGCUCUGGUUACAGUUACGCGGCUGCGGGCCGCGGCGUCUCUUCUCUCGUCUCCUCACUCCUCGUCUUCUUCCUCCUCUGUCCCACUCCAGUACCUGCUGGGAUCCGUCUGUAUUUGACUCUCAACGCGCACGGGAGCAGCCAUGGGUUUCCUGACGCUGCUGGUCGUUUUCUGCGCUUUAGGUAUGCUAUGCUAUCCCCGCUAUCAUCCGCGUGCGCCCAACAGCCCCCAGGGGGAGGGGGCGGAGCACCAGGGGGGGGAACGCCUGUGCCAGCAGGGGGAGGGGGCGGAGCACCUCAGGGGGGCGGAGCACCAGGGGUGGGAACGCCUGUGCCAGCAGGGGGAGGGGGCGGAGCACCUCAGGGGGGCGGAGCACCUCAGGGGGGCGGAGCACCUCAGGGGGGCGGAGCACCUCAGGGGGGUGGAGCACCUCAGGGGGGCGGAGCACCUCAGGGGGGCGGAGCACCAGGGGGGGGAACGCCUGUGCCAGCAGGGGGAGGGGGCGGAGCACCUCAGGGGGGCGGAGCACCUCAGGGGGGCGGAGCGCCUCAGGGGGGCGGAGCUCCUCAGGGGGGGGGAGCACCUCAGGGGGGCGGAGCUCCUCAGGGGGGGGGAGCACCUCAGGGGGGCGGAGCACCUCAGGGGGGCGGAGCACCUCAGGGGGGCGGAGCACCUCAGGGGGGCGGAGCACCUCAGGGGGGCGGAGCGCCUCAGGGGGACGGAGCUCCUCAGGGGGGGGGAGCACCUCAGGGGGGCGGAGCUCCUCAGGGGGGCGGAGCACCUCAGGGGGGCGGAGCACCUCAGGGAGGCGGAGCACCUCAGGGGGGCGGAGCACCUCAGGGGGGCGGAGCACCUCAGGGGGGCGGAGCACCUCAGGGGGGCGGAGCACCUGGGGGGGGAGCAGCCCCAGGGGGCGGAGCAGCCCCAGGAGGAGGAACGCCUGUACCAGCGGCGGGAGGCGGAGCAGCAGGGGGAGGAGGCCCUGGGGGGCCUGGGGGGGCUGGGGCAGCAGGGGGAGGGGGGCCGGGGGGGCCAGGGGGUGCGCUUGACAAGGUUGGGAAGAAGGUUCCGCGGGUUGCGCAGCAGCAGCAGCAGGGGGGAGGGCCGGGGGGGGCAGAGCUGGGGGACCUCUAUGCUUUCUUAUCACUUCCAUUCAUUCACCACCUUAUCUUUCCACACUCCAUGACUACUUUACCUAGCUCACGUCUCUUCCCCUGUCCGUUGCCCUUGGUUCUCCCUUCCUCUUCUCUUAUCUCUUCCAUGUCUCUCUGGUGCUUGUCAAUGAUGAUUGUUCCAAUGGCUGUGCGCCACGUGGCAGCCCAUCUGGAGGGUGAGCUGGAGGGGCAGAACAACGACGACAUCGAAGGGGAGAUCCACCUCUACACCUUCCGCACCUCUUCUGGAGCCUUCAACGUGCUCUAUGUCCUCACAGUCAAGCAGCUCCCCCAGCAGUCCCCCCCCACCAACGCCACCAUCACCCGCGGCCGCUCCGUCGCCCUCACCUUCCCCGCCACGUGGCGCGAAACCACUGGCCAGCCGGGCUUCAAGCAGAACGACGCUGAUGAUGACGACGAUGGGGAUUGCCCGGACGGCAAGUGUUACAGUUACGCUGCGGUUGGUUACUGGGCGAAUGCGGAUAAGACAAUUACCGAUGUGGUGAACGGUAUGAUUGCGGAUGCCACGGCGUAUCAAGGGCACAUGACUUUGCCUUCAGGGGAGGAUGUGAAGGGAGAAUUUGAGCUCGAUUAA